AUACUUUAGUUUUAAAAGAAAAAGAAUGAUCAGAAGAGAAGUUUCUACAUUUUCACAUCACCCACCGACUCAACCAAUCUCGAUUCUUCUCGAACAAACAAAUCCACUCUCUUCCCCUACCGAUCUUCCUAUUUUAAAGAAGAUGAGAUACCCAAAACCAAAAUCCAAUCCCAAGCCACAAUAAACUCUCCACACUGCAUAUUUUACUCCAUUUCAUUGAGGCAUUUUCACAAAUGGAAGACGGAGGAACCGUGACAGUCUACAACAACACCGCCAUUACAGAUUCUAAACAGAACCCAUUCUCAAUCAAGCUCGGCUUAGCUCAAACACUCCGCGGCGGAGCAAUUCUUGAAGUCACAAAUCCCCACCAAGCAAAGCUAGCUGAAGACGCCGGCGCUUGUUCUGUACUAGUAUCAGAGGCACCACUCCGUCAUGGCAUUCAAAGAAUGCCCGACCCUUCGCUUAUCAAACAGAUUAAACGCGCAGUUUCCAUUCCCGUCGUUGCCAGAGCCCGUGUCGGCCAUUUCGUCGAGGCCCAGAUACUCGAAGCUGUUAAUGUCGAGUACAUAGACGAGAGUGAGGUGCUUAGUUAUGCUGAUGAGGAUAAUUUUAUCAACAAGCAUAACUUCGGGACGCCGUUUAUAUGCGGGUGUAGGAGCCUCGGGGAGGCGUUACGGAGAGUCAGAGAAGGCGCCGCGAUGAUACGGAUACAAGGGGAGUUAUCAGGGAGUGGAAAUAUUGCGGAACUUGUGAGAAAUGUGAGGAAUGUAAUGAGUGAGAUUAGGGUUUUGAGUAAUAUGGAUGAGGAUGAGGUGUUUGCUUUUGCUAAAAAGAUUGGUGCACCGUAUGAUGUUGUUGCUCAGACUAAGCAGAUGGGGAGAUUGCCUGUUGUGCAGUUUGGUGCUGGUGGGAUUGUGACUCCUGCUGAUGCUGCAUUGAUGAUGCAGUUGGGGUGUGAUGGAAUUUUUGUUGGGAGUGAGGUUUUUGAUUGCUCUGAUCCAUUUAAGAGAGUGAAGGGUUUAGUGCAGGCUGUUAGGAAUUAUAAUGAUCCUCGUGUGUUGGUUGAGAGUAGCUGUGGAUUGUCGGAGGAGUCGAUUUCAGAACUUAACCUCGGAGAGGACAGGAUCGAACCGUAAUGUUUUGUUCUUGUAUGCUGUGUAAAGCAUCUCAUUGUGUUGAAAUACUUGCAUGAAACUAAUAAAAAUUAUACUUGUUCUUCA